AUGUUUGUACUAUUUUUCAUUUUAUUACCUCAAUUUGUUAGAUCCCAAUAUGGACUUUUUGGCUAUGGAAACACUAAUUAUGGUUUGUUUUCCUGGAAACGAAAAAAAAACUUUUUAGUCAAAUAGACUUAGAAAAUUUAAGAUUGUCGUCUUCUUCUUAAAAACAGACCUUCAGGAAAUCCAAUUCUCAACAAUCAAUAUGGCGCUGGUCUUCCGAUGUUAGGGUAAGUCAAACAUCUGAAAAUUUUGAGAAAAUGAAUGCAUGAGCAAAAAACAGAGCUGAACGAGACUGUAGUGGACUACCAUCAAUGAGAGCACGUAGUAGUUGCAGAUAUGGCCAGCCGCUGAUGAGUAUCACACCAUUCACAGCGAAUAAUAAUGGGGUUGGUGUUGGUGGUGGAUGUGUUGAUAUGAAUCCACAGUGUGCAUUGUGGGCGAGUACAGGUGCGUUAAUUAUUAAAUUGAAAAACCAAAAAAAAAUUUAAAAUUAAAAAAAAAACCACGCUUCUUGUCGUCAACGCGGAGUCUCGUUGUUUUUUUUUCUUUUUUUGCAAUUUUUUUCAUUUUUUUGGGAUUGGGACUAGAAAAAUGCAAACUUUUUAAUUGAACUAUACCCCAAACUUACCUGAUAUCAUUUAACACAAAUCACUGUGCUUUCUUUCACCCAAAACCCAUUAAACUAACCUGACAUGCGUUACAGUUGUAUAAGAACCAAAAGUUACAGUUGUAUAAGAACCAAAUCCUCCUCAAAUUCAUUUUGUUUUCAUGCAACAUCGGGGCUCACUGAAUUCCGAAUUCUCAAGAGCAAUCUGAAAUUUCUCUGGGUCAUAUCUAGAAAAAAAAGAAAAAAACUCCCACUUACCUUUAAUUGAGAGCUCUCAUUGAAGACAGGUCGAAUACAAUAUGAAAUAUUUCGAGAAAUGAGCGUCCAACCUGAAAAAAAAGAGAUUUGGCGUUAUUUUUUUCUUAAAAUAACAAAAACGUGAACAUUUUUUUCAUUGUGGAAAUUAAAAAAUAAAACUCAUAAAUACCUAAUUAGCAAAAAAUCAAAAACAACGUUUCAAUUCUGAACAAAAAUGAUACAGGUGAGAGUUUUCCUUUUGGAGAGCGCAGAGAAACCAAUAAAAAGUAAACAACGAGACUCCGCGUUGACACCAACGCGCAUGGUUUAAAUUUAUUUAUUUUUCAAAUUUUCAACAGGUCAAUGUGCCACAAAUAUGAUGGUUAUGAGAACACAAUGUGCACUUUCUUGUGGAUUAUGUAAGUCCUAGCUAACUUCCACUGAAUUAUUUUUUCUUUUUCUAUAUUCAGGCGCUUCUCCCUAUGGAUCGCUGCCUGGAAUGGGAUUUGGAAUGUCGCCAAGUCUUGGAAUGGGUUAUCCACAAUUAGGACUCGGAGGAAUUGCGCCAUCAAUGGGAAUUGGAAUGAACAAUUUUGGAGGUGUUGGAAAUUAUGGGAUUAAUCCAUUUAUGGGAAGAUCGAUUUAUGAAACUGGUAAGCAUCGAAAUUUUGAAUUGAAUUUCAGCAAAAAAAAAUCGAUUUCUAGAUCUUUUACAACAACCAUCUAAAACGAGCCUGUCCAAUCUUUUGAGUGGAUCAAAAACGAUCGGAAGAAAUCUUUAA